AUGUUUGGGCUGAAGCUGAAGAAGAAAAAGAAAGCAGAGAAGGGGUUAAUCCUAGCCAGCAAGGGCGCCCAAGAUGGUCCAGGUGAAGCAGAAGCACCACAGGAGGGGCUUUCUCACCAGGAAGGCCUGGGAGAUUUGAUUUCUGACAAUGCUUCCACCUCUCCUGUCCCCUCAGCUCCUCCAAAGAGAAGAUCAAAACUGUUGACUAAGAUCCACGAUGGGGAGGUCAGAUCCCAAAAUUACCAAAUUGCCAUAAACAUCACCGAGGCCCGCCAGCUGGUGGGUGAGAACAUCGACCCAGUUGUGAUCAUUGAAAUUGGGGAUGAGAAGAAGCAAAGCACAGUGAAGGAAGGAACCAACAGCCCAUUUUACAAUGAAUACUUUGUCUUUGACUUCAUUGGGCCCCAACUGCAUCUUUUUGACAAGAUCAUCAAAAUCUCAGUCUUUCACCACAAGCUGAUAGGAGGUGUACUGAUCGGCUCCUUCAAAGUGGACCUGGGGACCGUGUACAACCAACCUGGUCAUCAGUUCUCCGACAAGUGGGUCCUGCUAAUGGACCCCGGCAACAUCAGGACGGGCACGAGGGGGUACCUGAAGUGUGACAUCAGCGUGACUGGGAAAGGAGAUGUCUUAACGCGCAAUCCCAAAACCUCUGAUGCCAAGGAGCAAAUAGAAAAGAAUCUUUUGAUCCCACAAGGGUUUCCAUCAGAGAGACCCUGGGCCAGAUUCUACGUGAGACUCUACAGAGCUGAAGGGUUGCCCAAAAUGAACUCCAGCAUCAUGGCGAACAUCACCAAAGCCUUUGUGAGUGACAGUAAGGACCUCGUGGAUCCCUUUGUGGAGGUCUCCUUUGCUGGACAGACGGGGCGAACCACGGUGCAGAAGAACUGUGCCGAUCCUGUGUGGCACGAACAGGUGGUCUUCAAGGAAAUGUUCCCUCCCUUGUGUCGGAGGGUGAAAAUCCAGGUAUGGGACGAAGGCAGCGUGAAUGAUACAGUGCUGGCAACGCAUUUCAUCGACCUGAAGAAAAUCUCCAAUGAACAGGAUGGAGAUAAAGGCUUUCUACCCACAUUCGGACCUGCCUGGAUUAACCUGUAUGGCUCACCCAGGAACCAAAGUCUGAUGGAAGACUACCAGGAAUUGAAUGAAGGUUUCAGAGAAGGCGUGUCGUUCAGGGGCAGAAUUUUGGUGGAGAUUGCUGUGGAGAUCCUCUCGGGAGGGACACAGGAGUUUAAAUUCUCCAAGGAGCUCAAGCUGUCUUCAAAGGACAAAGACUCCAAGUCUUCCAAAGGCUCAAGUAAAGACAAGGGCGACAAAACUGAUGGAAAAGCCCAGCAGGCUUCAGACAAAACCAACUCAACAGAGGUCGAGGUGGAGCCUUUCGAUGCGCCCCUGGAGAUUGUACCGGAAAAACAAGAGGAAUUUUUACUCUUUGGAGCAUUUUUUGAAGCUACCAUGAUUGACCGGAGGAUUGGAGAUAAACCCAUUAGCUUUGAAGUUUCUAUUGGUAACUUUGGGAACUUGAUUGAUGGGGGAUCACAUCAUGGGAAUAGGAAGAAGUCAGUUGACCCAGCUGAAGAAGAUGCCUUUCCACUGCUGCACGAAGGAGAAGGGGACGCAGCCAUGCCCAUGGUCUCCACCACUCACCCCGAGAAGCCACUCGUGACAGAAGGGAACAGGAAUUACAACUAUUUGCCAUUCGAGGCCAAGAAGCCCUGUGUCUAUUUCAUCAGUUCUUGGGGAGACCAGACGUUUAGGCUGCAUUGGUCCAACAUGCUGGAGAAAAUGGCGGACUUCCUGGAAGAGGGUAUAGAGGAAGUGAAAGAACUGAUUAAGAUUUCAGAGGAAGCCCCGGAAGAGAAAAUGAAGAUGGUGCUCACUGACUUCGCCAGUCAAAGCAGUGCCUUUAUCUCUGAAGUGGAAAAGAAACCCAAGAUGUUGAACCAAACCAAUUUAGAUAAGAAACGACUUACGCUCUGUUGGCAGGAGCUGGAGGCCAUAGCCAAGGAGGCCAAGGAGCUCACUCAGCAGCAGAAGAAAAAGUUAUCUCUUGAUGAAAUGAUCCAGGCGGCCCAAAACUUUGUGGAAAAAAUCCGCUUUCUUGUGGAUGAGCCACAGCACACCGUCCCUGACAUCUUCAUCUGGAUGCUGAGCAACAGCAAGAGGGUGGCAUAUGCCCGCAUCGCCGCCAAGGACUUGCUCUAUUCCCCCAUCAGGAAGCAGAUGGGUCAACACUGCGGGAAGAUCAAAACUCACUUCCUCAAACUUCCUGGAAAACAGCCGGCUGGUUGGUCGAUGCAAGCGAAAAUUGACGUGUACAUGUGGCUGGGCUCCACCAGACACUCUAGUGCCAUUUUGAACAACUUACCAGCAGGCUAUGAAGCAGAAAUGUCCUCCAAAGGGGCUGGCAUCAGUAAACCCCCAGCUAACCUGCUCUACCAAGACCGGCAUGUCUUCCAGCUGAGAGCUCACAUGUACCAAGCCCGGGGCCUCAUCGCAGCCGACAGCAACGGACUUUCAGACCCUUUUGCCAAGGUCACAUUCCUUUCCCACUGCCAGACCACGAAGGUCAUUUCCCAGACCCUCUCCCCGACCUGGAACCAGAUGCUGCUGUUCAAUGACCUGGUGCUGCACGGAGACCUGAAGGAACUGGCAGGAUCCCCGCCGUUAGUGGUGGUGGAGCUGUAUGACAGUGACGCAGUGGGGAAGCCAGAAUAUUUGGGUGCCACCGUGGCUGCUCCUGUUGUGAAGCUCGCUGACCAGGACUAUAAGCCCCCCAGGCUGUGUUACCACCCCAUCUUUUGCGGGAACCUUUCUGGAGGGGACCUCCUUGCUGUAUUUGAACUGCUGCAGGUCCCUGCGUCUGGGCUGCAAGGCCUCCCUCCCCUCGACCCACCCGAUGUCACCCAGAUCUACCCUGUUCCUGCCAGCAUCCGGCCAGUGCUGAGUAAAUACCAAGUGGAGGUUCUCUUCUGGGGAGUCCGAGAAAUGAAGAAGGUGCAGCUCCUCUCGGUGGAUCGUCCCCAGGUCCUCAUCGAGUGUGGGGGACACGGAGUCAAGUCCUGUGUGAUCCAGAGCUACCAGAACAACCCAAACUUCAGCGUCCAGGCAGAUGCUUUCGAAGUGGAGCUGCCUGAGAAUGAGCUUCUGCACCCACCCCUGAGCAUCUGCGUGGUGGACUGGAGAGCCUUUGGGAGGAGCACCCUUGUGGGCACCUACACCAUCAACUGCUUGAAACAGUUUUUGUGUAAAUCCAGGGAGCCCCUUGCCCUCACCUCACAGGUGGAUGGAGCCCAAGUUGUGCAAGAUUCAUUAAUUUCCACUGAGCCUUCUGAGACCCCCAGCUCUGCUCAGGAGCUCCCAAGAGAUCAAAUCUUUGUGGACAUUGGGCCGCCUCCCACAGUGGUACCCGACUUGGCCCAGGUUCAGGCAGCCAGCCUGGUUGAUAUCCCUGACCCAUCCCCUAUGCUGGAGACGGAACACAAACCUGCAGCCCAGGCGCCACCAAAAGGCGGAAAAGCUAAGGAUUCCAGGAAACCUUCUCGGAAGUCUACUAAAAGGAGAACGAGGACCAUAGCGGAUGAAUCUGCUGAAAACGUCAUUGACUGGUGGUCGAAAUAUUAUGCCUCCCUGAAGAAAGCACAGAAGGAAAAGGAGAGCAAUUCCAAGGAGCAAACAGGCAACACAGAGGCAAAACCAGACGAGGUAGUGGUAAAUAUAGAUGGCCCAAAGAAGAAGAAAGACAAAAUACUCAAGAAGAAACUCAAAGAAAAAGAAAUCCCCAACCUGGCUGUCUUGCAGAUAUACAAUGGGGAUCUGGAGAGUGAAUUCAACAAUUUUGAAGACUGGAUGAAAACCUUUGAGCUGCUCAGAGGCAAGUCUACGGAGGAUGACCAUGGCCUUGACAGAGAUCGAGUCAUAGGAAAGUUUAAGGGCUCCUUCUGCAUCUACAAAAGCCCCGAGGAUUCCGGCAUCAAGGGCAGCAAGCAGCUGAGAAUCCAGCAAGGGAUUCCAUCCAACCACCCCAUCAAAGUCCUGAUCAGGGUGUACAUUGUUGCGGCAUUUAAUCUUAGUCCAGCUGAUCCAGAUGGCAAAUCGGAUCCCUACAUUGUGGUCAAGCUUGGCAAAACUGAAAUCAAAGACCGGGACAAAUACAUCCCUAAACAACUGAACCCGGUAUUUGGAAGGUCAUUUGAGAUCCAGGCCACAUUCCCAAAGGAGUCCUUGCUCUCUGUGCUGAUCUAUGACCAUGACAUGAUCGGGAUGGAUGACCUCAUUGGUGAGACGAGGAUUGACCUGGAGAACCGUUUCUACAGCAAACACCGAGCCAUCUGCGGCUUGCAGAGUCGAUACGAGAUAGAAGGAUACAAUGCCUGGAGAGACACGUCCAAACCCACCGAAAUCCUCACCAAGCUCUGCAAAGACAACAAGCUGGAUGGCCCCUACUUCUGCCCUGGGAAAAUACAGAUAGGAAACCAGGUCUUUUCUGGAAAAACAGUCUUCACCGAGGAGGACACAGAUGAGACGGUGGAGUCGUACGAGCACUUGGCCCUCAGCGUUUUACACUCUUGGGAGGAUAUCCCGGAGGUUGGGUGUAGGCUUGUUCCUGAGCACGUAGAAACUCGGCCGCUGUACCACAGGGAUAAGCCAGGAAUGGAGCAGGGCCGCCUGCAGAUGUGGGUGGACAUGUUUCCCAAAGACAUGCCUCAGCCUGGACCUCCUGUUGACAUUUCGCCAAGGAAACCCAAAGGGUAUGAAUUGAGAGUGACCAUCUGGAACACGGAAGAUGUCAUUUUAGAGGAUGAGAAUAUCUUCACAGGACAAAAAUCAAGUGAUAUUUAUGUUAAAGGGUGGUUAAAGGGUUUGGAAGACGACAAGCAGGAAACAGACGUGCAUUACAACUCUCUGACUGGAGAGGGGAACUUCAACUGGCGCUUUCUAUUUCCAUUUCAGUAUCUCCCAGCAGAGAAGCAAAUGGUCGUUACCAAGAGGGAGAACAUCUUUUCCUUAGAGAAGAUGGAGUGUAAGACACCAGCUGUGUUGGUGCUUCAGGUCUGGGAUUUUGAAAGGCUGUCUUCAGAUGAUUUUCUGGGCUCCCUGGAAAUGAACCUCAAUAGUUUUCCCCGAGCAGCUAAGUCUGCCAAAGACUGCGAUCUCACCAAGUUUGAAAAUGCAAGUGAGGAGAGCAAGAUAUCCAUAUUCCAGCAAAAGCGUGUGCGGGGCUGGUGGCCUUUCACUAAAAGCAAAGAACUCAUGGGCAAGGUCGAAGCUGAGUUCCACCUCGUUACGGCACAAGAAGCUGAGAAAAAUCCUGUUGGAAAAGCCCGAGAGGAGCCAGAGCCCCUGGCCAAGCCAAACCGCCCAGACACCUCCUUCUCCUGGUUUGUGACCCCCUUCAAGUGCCUGUAUCACCUCAUCUGGAGGAAUUACAAGAAGUACAUCAUCAUCGGUUUCAUUCUGAUCGUCCUCAUCAUCUUCCUGGUCCUCUUUAUCUAUACCUUGCCGGGAGCCAUCAGCCGAAGGAUCGUUGUGGGCCCGUUGUAG